UCCUCCCUCAGUGUCCUGCAGUUUUAAUUCAGUGUCACAGGGUGAUGGUGAAGCUGGGACAGUCUGAGUGCUGGACACCUCAAUGCCCAGGGCUACCCAGCUCCGUGCUGCUGUGCCUGGGGGUCCUGCUGCCCACAGUGCCCUGUGCCAUCCUGCUCUGCCACUUCUGCCCUGUGCAUCGCCUGGAUGUGGCCUGCGUUGCCAUGGAGACCGAGUGCCAGCCAGAGGAACUCUGCUACACUGGCACUGGGCAUCGCAGUGGGCUGGAGCCCCUCUCCGCCCAGGGCUGCCUACCCAGGGUGCUGUGUGGCCUGCAGCACCCCGUCUCCUACCGGGGGUCGAACUACACCAUGAGCUCCACCUGCUGCUCGUGGGACCUGUGUAACCGGAAUCAGAGCCAGACCCCUGGCCUGGAGCAGCUGCUGAGGAUGCCCUACCCCUGAUGCUGACCCCUCCCCACCCCCCCCAGCUCCCGUCUUCCCAGUGCACCCUGCCCUACCACACGGGGAUCCCAGAGUGGGGCCACAGCAGUUUGGGCUGCUCCAGGUUUGCCCAGAACAGGCUGAGAAUCCACUCCCCCGUGUGCACAGUUAAUACUCAAGGCCGUCCUGCUGGGUCAGAUCCUGUCCACACAGGUCUGUGAACAUGGGCUUGGAGCAGAGCGAUUGCAGUGCCUGAGUGAGCAAGGAGGAAGGGCAGCGAGAUUCCUUCUGUCUCUGCAGACGGGCUGACAUGAGGGAGGUGUUUAAGAGCACUGUCCCCAUGUGCUGCUGUCUGUAAUGCGAUCUACUGCUAACCGUUCACUGAUAUUUGCAACCUGUGAAUUGUGAAUGUCCUCAUUGUGGGUUAAGUUACAAACUCUGGUCGGUGUGUAAUGGGGGAUUGGAGAAUGGGUUCCCGGUGUCUUGUUUCUCCCUGGGAACACUUUCUCACAGCACAAAGAGAUUACCCCAGAGAUUACCCUAGCUGGCUGGAUGAAGUGUUUGAUCUUUUUCCCCAGGCAUCGGUAAUCAGGCUGGGCAACACCAGUCUGCAGGCCUGGCAAAGUCCUUUGCCUCUUCAUUGCAUCUCUGGCAUCAGCUGCAGCAGAUAAUGGGAGUAAUCUGGGGGACGUUAGCUGUCGCAGUCCUGCUGGAGUCCAGUCAUGGAGUGCUGGAGCUACCCAGCUCUGUCCGGACGGCUGGGACGCAGGUCCUUGUCCAGGGUGCUGAAAUAAUGCCGCAGUUUGCGACUUAUAUUGCAGAAUUCCUUGUGGGAAGAGCAGCCUUAUAUUCCUAGUGAUCCUCAGCUGAGGAGGCACAGAAAGACACUUGAAAGGCUGUUGUUCACAGCUGCACGGGAAAGAUGGAGCACAAAAAACAGUGUCUAAUACCACGAGUGGUGCCUUAGAAGAGGUGGAUUCCAAUACUUUCAAUGUACUGUUAAGGUUUGUUCCUCUGGAAGUUUGCUUUUGCCUCAGAAAUAAAAGGCUUUGCUUCCAGCCUGUGAAUAUC